UUUAAUUCCUAUGACAGCAUAAUGUCAGUGUCACCUCUUUCUUCUAAUUGUCUCCCUUUUGCAGCCAAUUUUCUCCCUGCAGAUAUUUCAAUGUCUGGACCAUCCACUGUCAGUGAGGGAGAUAAUGUUGAAUUCAGAUGCACUGUUUCUGACAUCUUACAAACAUUUGAUAAAUGUCAGUUCAUCCACUCUUACUUGAAAAAGAAUGAGACUGUCCUCCAAGUGCAAAUAUUUAAUAUCACACGGAUGGAGGUGACUUUCCCCAUUGGCGGUGCAGUCAUGAGGGAUUCGGGGCAUUACACCUGUGUGGUGCUGCCAUCUAAGUGCCUCCAAGAGAACGAGACAAUACUGUAUGGAAAUAAUGCAGUGUUCCUAGAAGUCAGAGAAAGUUUGGUCGUCCGAGUGACUUUCUUAUGUGGAUUUGUGAUCCAGAUGUUAUUACUGGUUGGGUGUCUGUGUUGGAACAAACAAAGUUGCGUAAUCAAAGGUGAAUCAAAUGAACGGCAUUCAACUUUGUGCAAUCCAUGUGAAGACAGUCAACAGGCAAAUCUAGAUGUAGUUGAGAGACAGGAGGAAAGGACAGAGGAACAGGAUCUGGAAGGACAAUAUGAUUCAUUAGAAGACUCUUUCAGCAUGGACAAUGAAGAGGGGUCUCAGAAUAGUCUGGCUGUUGUGGAGCCCACUUAUGAGAGCUGUGAGCCAGUGUACGAUGAAGCAGAUGAUGAACCUGCAAGAGCAGUGCCUUUGUACACCAUGUCCCUCAAAAAGAAAAGACACAAGAUCUCUAAACACACAGAAUAAGGGGAACACCUGCUGAAGUUGGACCACCGUUAAGUCCAUCCAUGUCUCUUUCAUAGUAAAGCAAUGUUUAUGUUUAGAAUGAAUAUAAUCUUGCCGUUUUGUGGAAGUAUGGUGGCCAAGUUCCUCUUGAACCUGCUGUUGCCUCUCAGUUAUUCAGGAGGUAUUUUACUGGGCAAAUUAGUUGCAACCAAGGCACCAAAACAUUGAAUGAAAAGAGUGGGUGUAUACUAUUUUGUACAAUCAGUGCUUUAUAGAAUAUUUUGCUUUUUAAAGUGUUAAUGUUGUAAUUUUGCUGACUGAAGAGAUUUUAUUCUGUUUUAAACAAUACAAC